GCUGGGCCGUGCGGUGGCGUCGUGGUUUUCGCUUAUUUGGGACACGGAGCGGAUGACGCGGCUGAACGAGGACGAGGCGCGCGAGCUUGUGAUUCAGACGGCGCAGUCGACGCUUGCUGCUGUGCAUCCGGUGUCGGGCUUUAUCGGCGCGCUUGACGGCGUGCGGCGUAUUGCGGUGCAGGGUGUGGAGCUGUGGCAGGCUGGCGUGCAGCGGCAUGUUCCGCUGCUGGUCAAUGCCAGCUUUGUGCGGCGCGAGCUUGGCGAGUGGCGGACGCAUGCGCUCCGGUGGUCGGUACUCGGGCUCGCACUGGCCAGUGGGCUGGAUGAUGUGGCUGCGCGCAACGAGUCGCUACGGAGCGUGAUGUCCCAGCUGGCUUCGGAGGAUGUGCUCCUCCUCUUUGUCUCGCUCAUGGAGGAUGACGCUACUGCGUUUACGCUCGACAAGCUCAUUGCGAGCACGGCCGAGUUUACAGUGUUUUGGAGCUCAGUCAAGCGUGGCGUGGAAGCUACUGAAGCACUCUGCUCGGUGUUGGAGGAGACGAUGAGCGACGUCGUGAUGCUCGCCGUGGACGCACUCGACGAGUUUGCAGCCCAGCUGAACGGAUGGGUGUCGGCAAGCAUGAAUGCUGAGCAGCAUGGCCGCGCUUUGAAGCCUCGCCUCGAUCUGGAUUCGUUUUCGGACGCGGUGAAGACAGGGAUGCAGCGGCUGCUCACGCUUGCGGCUGCGGCGUGUGACGCGAGCGGAACGUUUGGGUGCGAUUUGUCGCUGCCUGCGGCGUACGCGGCGCUCUCCUGCUAUGUCCCGCCGUGGUUAAUCAAGGACGGGGCGGCGAUUCUUGCAAUGGUGGAGGAAAACGUGGCGUCGUUUGCGGGAGGAGCGAGCGUGGACGCGUUUGCGUUUCGCCAGCUGGUGGCAGCGGCGCGCGCGACGCGGCUGCAACAUGAGACGCUUGGUGACGAUGUGGGCUUGGCGCUCCCCGAGAUGCGAUACGUGCUCGACGCGGCGCACGUGACGAUGGACGGCCGCUCGCCCGGCUUCCUGCUCCUGCACCGCGAGCGCGGUGACGACGGCAACGGCAAGGUGGUUGUACUUGCAUUUGUGCUUACAAACGAGUUGACUACCGGCCUGGCCAUGCUCAACUCGGCGACAGCCACCAUCCGGCCACCCGGGUCGGACGCCGAGUAUUUGGUGCAAGCAGCGUUGCACGAGAUGGUGUGCGGCAUGGUGCCGCUCCUCCGCAGCGAGCUGGAGAGGGCCAACUUGCUGGAUGAGGAGGGCGAAGAGCCGGUGACCCUGUUUGUGACGGGCCAUGGGAUUGCCGGCGGUGUGGCGCAGAUUGUGGCGCUCGUGCUAGAGGCGCGCUUGUACGAUCUGCAUUUGGCACACCACGUCAAGCUAGUCUCUGCCUCGUUUGGUGCACCUGCCGUGAUGCGGCGGAUAGGCGCGGAUGAGACCAAGUCGUGUCUCAAGCGCCACGUCUCGGUCGUUAACGAGUGCGACGCCGUGCCGCGGCUCCUUGUGGAGGGGAGCAUGAUGCGGUCGGUGCUGAGCAAGUUGGCAUCAAGCACGGAGGAGCGCGAGCUGCAGGUGUUUGGGGUGUUUGACGCGCAGGUGCAAGAGUACGACAUGACAGGCAGCAUCCUGCUCCUCACGCGCGAGUCGAGUGCCGGGCAUGCUUGA